UGUAGCUAUAAUUCGUCAUAUUACUUUUGGACGCUCCUCCCCCUACGUUCCAUGUUGGUCUGUGUACUUUUAACAUCCUGAUUCCUGCCUGUACUUUUAUUCUUCUUAAAGAAAGCGACUUUUUUAUAACAAGCUGUUUAUCUAAACUGGUGAAAACACCCUUCUCUAGAAAUAUUUGUGUUUUUGACGUAUCCUUUUAGAGAAGUGUAUGGAUAUGCUAGGGUCUUCACCUCAUACUGAAAGCCCCUAGAGCUUUACCAGAACCUGUACUAUUAUGGUGAAAACACUCUUCUCGAGAAGGAUUUCUGGAUUUUGACAUGUCUCUCGAGAGAAGUGUCAUUCUAAAAGCCAGAUUUGCUUUAGAUGACAAGCUAUCCGAAUAUGGAAGAUUUUUUAUGGUCAAGGCAUUCUAUUGAUAAAAAUGACAUCUGCAAAUCCUUAUUUUGAUGACAUCCGGAACAAACCUGAGGUUAUCGAUCCUCCCCAAGAUGAUGAUAUGAUGGAUGUUAGUGAAAGUGUGAGUGAUCCUGCUCGAGCUGGAGGAAAACCUAAUGUAGUCUCUAGCAGUGUUCGUGAGCUGUUGGAGUGCCCUGUUUGCUUAAAUGCUAUGUACCCUCCCAUUCAUCAGUGUUCGAAUGGUCACACAUUGUGUUCCGGUUGCAAGCCUAGGGUGCACAACCGGUGUCCAACCUGCAGGCAUGAACUUGGCAAUAUCAGAUGUCUUGCGUUAGAGAAGGUGGCUGCAUCUCUGGAACUUCCAUGUAAAUACCAAACUUUUGGAUGCGUGGGCAUAUACCCAUACUAUAGCAAGCUGAAACACGAAUCUCAGUGUAUAUAUCGACCCUAUAACUGUCCAUAUGCGGGUUCGGAAUGCUCGGUUAUUGGUGACAUUCCAUUUUUGGUAGCCCACCUCAAGGAUGAUCACAAAGUUGACAUGCAUAAUGGAAGCACUUUCAAUCACCGGUAUGUCAAGUCAAAUCCGCAAGAGGUCGAAAAUGCCACCUGGAUGUUAACGGUUUUCAGCUGUUUUGGUCAAUACUUUUGUUUACAUUUCGAAGCUUUCCAGCUCGGAAUGGCACCCGUCUACAUAGCUUUCUUGCGGUUUAUGGGCGACGAUAAUGAAGCAAAGAACUAUAGUUAUAGUCUUGAGGUUGGUGGAAAUGGGAGGAAGAUGGUGUGGCAAGGAGUGCCACGGAGUAUUCGGGACAGUCAUCGGAAGGUCCGAGACAGUUUUGAUGGUCUUAUUAUCCAACGUAAUAUGGCACUCUUCUUCUCGGGAGGAGAUCGGAAAGAAUUGAAACUCAGGGUAACUGGUAGGAUUUGGAAGGAGCAGUAAUAGUCUGUUUCCAAUCACCAAUUUUUUUUUUAUAAUGUUCUAUGUUUAGCUCCUUACUCCUAAGAGAAUGUAAAAGUAGGCUAAUUAGAGAGUGUUAUGAUAUGAUAGGUCUCCAAUUAUGUAAUGUAGUUAUUUUAUUUUUUUAGUUUAAGAAUCAAAGGCAAAAUCUGUUUGCUUGUGGAAAAUCAAAUACAUGAUCUGGACAGCAAAAACAACCUGUGUUCUUACUUCUUCACUGUUGCAAGAGAGAAAGGUGUUCCAUUGUUUUUC